AGGUCCAUCACACUCAGAGCAUAAAUACAGUCGCCCUCCUCUCUGUCCGUCUGUCUGUCUGUGGUCAGAUGAUGAAGUCCGUUCAGUCUGCCGCUCUGUCUCUGACAAUGAUGACGAUGAUGAUGAUGAUGAUGAUGAUGAUGAUGAUGAUAUCUGUCUCUGCUGGUCCUCUUCCUCCUUCACUCAACAGCAGUGAUGAUAUGAACUCUGACAGAGAGACAAACUCCAGCAGGUUCGAGUCUCGUCACCACGGCAACAACACCGAGAGCCACUUUACAAGAGACAUCAACACAAACAUCAUAACCAACAACGACAUGAUGAACAGCACUCUGAAAAAUACUAUAAACGUCUCAGCAAAUAAUGCCAUGAACAACCUGAUGAACAACACAACGAACAUCACGACCAACGACACAAUGAACGAUAUGAUGAACAACACGAUGGAAGACAGAACGAACAUCACUGGCGUCUCGACUUUCGUGUUUGUUCUUCCAAUGGAGAAAGUUGUCUCACCUGUGAUGUACAGUCCACAGUGCGUCCUCCCCACCUGUCUGACAGCGAACCUCGGCUCCUCCCUGCAGAGUGGAGACGAGACAGCCGGCGGCGCCACGACUGACCCUUUUGGUGUCGGGAAGAAGUGACAGGACGCAGCAGCCAUCAUCUUCAUCAUCAUCAUCAUCAUCACCAUCACCAUCACCAUCACCAUCAUCAUCAUUAUCAUCAUCUUCAUCAUCACAUGAACUGGUCUCCAUGGUGACAGGUGCUGAGGAUCAUGGGUAUUCAGAGACAGUAAAGCUGACUGGUCAGAAACAAACUGGUGCUUAGAUCCUGAGCGAUGACAUCAUCAGUCUGGAAAGUCUCUGGGCUCCAUUAAAUAAACUGUUGAAAUUAAAAUACGUCUGACACUUCCUGAAGCUGUGUGAUUGGAUGUCUGUUGGUGAAAUGCACUCUGGGAGCUGUAGUUCAUUCAAUUAAGAUUAUAAUAACAUGAUGUAAUGUCGUAUAUACAAUAUAUAAUAAUAUGUGUAAUAAAGUCUGAUGUGAUACUGUCAA